AUGCCGCGUUGCUAUUGGUAUCAAGUCAACAGAGCCCCCGACAACGGCGCGUACGAUGGACUCAAUGCGCGGUCCUUCAUUUCGGCGGUGAGCGAGAUGACUCACCCCUCCGACACGUGCGAUGGCGCAGCCGAUGACGAUGCGGGGGAAGCGAGAAUGGACAGUGAGUUGUUGGUGCGAGGGUACUGCACGGACGAGUCCAACCCCGAGGUGUUCGACCGCGUUAACGUUAGGGGAGAUAUCCGCUUCUCGGACAUACACCACAACUGGUUCGGACAGUGA